AUUGGAAAGUCUGUUGAAAUAUGAGUGCAUUUUGAGCCAUAUUUGGGGAUAAUUUUCAAUUAAAUCACUGUUUUUGACGUGAAUUACGAAAACAAUAGCCUUUUGGACGCGAAAUCCAAUCACUAUUUGAUUGAAACCAUUGACGACUCAAACCAUUGCUUCAAAUCUGCAUUUGUUUUGAAUCUCAUUCACAAACCAAUUGACCAUUGAUUUGACAAUUGGCCGAAGAAUUGGCGGAGAAUUUGCGAUCGGAACCAACCGGUGGUGACAGUUACUGAUGGAGGAGAGUGUGGCGACCAUCGAGAGGCACGCCUACUGCCUGUGUCUGCACGUGAGGCCGGCCACCAUCUUCGUGGCACUCGUCAAUCUGGGAGGAUCACUGAUCUGUGGUAUAGUGACGAUAGCGCUGUUGUCUUAUGGGGACAACUCGUACGUGCAGUCGAUGUCCGAGUCCUCGCGAUCGACGACCACUUCGUUGGCGAUUGUGGUCUAUAUGUUGCUGUCGUUGGUGUCGGCGAUGCUGUUGUUCGGAGUGAUUAAGUCUAAGCCCACGUAUAUCCUGCCCUUCUUCGGCAUCCAGUUCAUCGACUUCCUCUUCACUUUACCCCAAUUCCUCACCUCUUUGUACUCACAGCCCAAUAGCCAUCACUACCAGAACUGGUCCGAGCGGAGGACCAACUCGUUUCUGGAUAUGCGCCACAUUUGGCCCAACGCCUCCCCCAACAACCUCUACACCUCUUCCCUGUUGUUCACCACUCUUAUAGUGCUGUUUAAGAGCUACUUCUUGUGUGUGGUCUGGAAGUGCUAUCGUUAUCUCCGAAUGAAAGAACUCGUCCUUCCCUUACAUUUACCGCACUUUAACCAUAAUAUCACUCAAGACCUGGUGAUUCCGCCUCUGAUGGUUCCGCCGCCACAUAUGGCACCUCCUGAUUACGAGGAGGCGACCAAGAGUUGCGCCCCUCCCGACUACGAGACCGCCACCAAAACCAAUGAAUUCAAGUUUGUUCCCAAUGUGGUCACCAACCAGUCCUAUAUGGCGCCCACCCCUCCACCCGACACUACACCACCGCAACAAUCCACUCAAUUGACGACAAACACUACAAUCGCACCCAAUCCCCAAUCAAGUGAUGCCUAAUAUUUAACGAUUAUUUACUGAUCUCUGAAGUAGUCAUCAGUUGCCUCUCCCUCUCAAACCCCACUAUAUUUCUCUCAUUUCAAUACAAAGAUUGUUAAUGUCUUGAAAGCACUAAACAUUUCUCUCUUUACUUUAAUCUCAUUUUCGCCGACAGUAUUGACUGACUUAUUAUGAAUUUUUAGUUCAUUUUUUAAGUUCUAGUAUUGAAAUAGUUGUUCACUUCCACUGUUAACUCACUUAAGGAUUAGUCAUAUCUUUAAAUUAAUUAUAUAUGAAUUGUUUCGAACAAAAAUCGAUUAUAGAUUUAUCGACAAAACGGAAAAUGCUCUCUAAAAGUGAAUUACAAAUAUAUAUUUAAUGCUUAAAUAAUUAGUUAUAUUUUAAUCUCAAAUUCUAGUCAUUAUAUAAUUAUAUGAACUCUUGUGCCGUCGAAGUCAACACCGAUAGACCACUACUUAUGAUAAUUGAAUGUCAUUUCGUUCAAUUCAAUAAUUAUAGCACAUUAAGAGACCAAUCAAGAGAUUAACACUUUAUUUGCACU